UCCUUUGUCGCUUCCUCACGGCCGGACGCAGACCCGUGAUUCCAACGCCCUCGAGUCCAAGGCCUGGGAAGAAGCCAAGAAACUUCUCUCUCUCUCCCCCUCUCUCAUCCGAACGCUUUGCGGUCCAAGAAGCGAUGAAGAACAAGAUGGCUUCAGUAGAACUCGCUGUUUGAUGGGAGGCAAGGAGACCUCUUCUUCUUCUGCCUCACCGCCUUCCUUAGUCUGGGAUUGCCUCCUCUGACCGGUGUGUAAGACCCGCUUCUUGGUCAGCUUCAUGGGGUUCUGGUUUUCCUUUCCUGUGGGUUCGUUCUUCUUUGUUGGGCUGGCUUUGGUUAGAUUUAGGCCCGGUGGUUGUUUUCAAUCAAUCAGCCCUCUUUGGUCUAGGUCGGUGUUCUUAGGUGCGUCUUGCAGAAGCUACUGAGCUAAUUGUUUGCAGAAAAGAGGGAUUUUGCUGCUAUUUAUAAUGCUCGAUCGCAAUCUUGGUGUCGAUUCUGUCCAAAAUAAUAGUUUUUUCUUCUUCCACCACGCCGAUUGGUUGUCGAUUUAAGUGGAUAUAGUUUUAUUUGGUUGCCCUGAAGACACGGUCAACUCGUAUUUUGGUAGUUUGAUGUUCUUGUUAAAGUCGUAGCAUUAGUACAUAAUUAAGAACUGUGAAAGUGUUGCAAGAUGAGCUACAAAGAUUAGACUACUUUUGUUAAGGUUGAAAAUUGUAUAGGCGUUUAUUUCUUCAGCACUGUAUUUCAAUAUUAUUUGUUUUUCAGUACGUUUACAAUUGUAACUAUAGAUUGAUUACUAAACAACAUGGGGCAGUUUUAGUAGAUUUUAAAACCUGAAGAAUGAAAAUCUAGGAAAAUGAUAAGAAAAAUAGACACUGCAGAAAGAUUGUUUUUAUCAUGACUGGUCAACUUUUGUUGGUUGUAAAUCAUGAAGACAGAAACUGUUAGGGUGAAGAUAUGAUGAAUUAAUUAGCCCUAGUUUCUAGACCCCAAAAAAACUUUCUACGUUGUAAGCUUUCAUUUCUCUCAUCCUGCCGUUGCAUUGCUAUGGAAUCGGUGUGCCCUUCUUCCUUAUUCAAUCGUGGUCACAUCUUAAAGUGACAUAUACUUUGUGGGUCAAAGAACACAAAUGCUUUCAUACAAUUGGGGUACUAAACAAGACCAGAGUUCUUUGUUAACGUGGAACUAAGUGUUGGUGGCUUUCCCUUAAGCAAAUGAUCAAUAGAAGACUGGAACAAGAGCUUCUGAUGUCAAAGGGAAGCUAUGAAUCAGCAUGAUGAAAAAAUUUUGAGGUUCUAGGAUUGGAGCUCAGAGCAAUCACAAAGUUCAUAGAGGACAUCUUCACGAAAACAAUAAUUGGUCCACUAAUGAGAAGCAUGCAGAGAAUAUAUCAUUAUAUGUUUGAACUUCUAAGCAAUAUCUUUCAGUAUAAGUCCAUAAAGGAUUCAUCUGCAGAAGAUUUGAAGUCUAGGAAGAAAGUACUGGAUCCUCAAGGGCCAUUUCUCCAGAAGUGGAAUAAAAUAUUUGUUUUAUCCUGUGUCGUGGCAAUAUCUGUAGAUCCUCUCUUCUUCUACAUUCCAUUUGUUAAUGAUAAGGAUACCUGCGUUGAUUUGGAUGAAAAUUUGGUGAUCACAGCAAGUGUCUUGCGAUCCUUCACCGACAUAUUUUACGUACUUCAUAUAAUAUUCCAAUUUCGAACUGGUUUUAUUGCUCCACCAUCUCGUGUAUUUGGAAGGGGUGUCUUGGUCGAAGACUUUUCAGCAAUAGCCCUUAGAUAUUUGAAGUCAUACUUCCUUAUUGACAUUCUUGCCGUUAUUCCUCUCCCUCAGGUUGUUAUAUUGAUCAUAAUACCAAAGCUAAAAGGGUCAGGUUCAGUGGACGCAAAGACGCUGUUGAUGUACAUUAUCAUUUUACAAUAUGUGCCUAGGCUUGUUAGAAUAAUACCAUUGUAUGUUGAAGUCACAAAAUCUGCUGGUAUAAUUGCUGAAACUGCAUGGGCUGGAGCUGCUUUGAACCUUUUUCUCUAUAUGCUUGCAAGUCAUGUACUUGGGGCAUGCUGGUACUUCCUUUCUAUUGAACGAGAAGAUUCUUGUUGGAGACGUGCCUGCCAUAAACAUAAUUGUACAACUAUGUUCUGGUACUGUGGAGUUAAAAAGGAAGAAAGCAUGUAUUUUAUAGAUGGUGAGUGUCCUAUUCAAGAAGAAAAUGCAACAAUCUUUGACUUCGGCAUGUACCUUCAGGCUCUUCAAUCAGAUAUUGUUCUUCUAAGAAACUUUCCGGAAAAGUUCUUUUAUUGCUUUUGGUGGGGCUUACAAAAUCUGAGUUCCCUGGGACAAAAUUUGCAAACAAGCACUUACCUGGGGGAGAUUUUAUUUGCUGUUUUCAUCUCCAUUUCUGGGCUGGUUUUGUUUUCACUUCUUAUCGGCAACAUGCAGACUUAUCUGCAAUCUACCACUGUGAGAAUAGAAGAAAUGAGAGUGAAAAGGCAAGAUGCAGAGCAAUGGAUGUCCCACCGGAUGCUUCCAGAGAAUCUGAGGGAGCGAAUACGCCGUCAUGAACAAUACCAAUGGCAAGAAACAAGAGGGGUUGAUGAAGAGCAUCUGCUUCGAAAUCUACCUAAGGACCUAAGAAGGGACAUAAAACGUCAUCUCUGUUUGGGACUGCUGAAGAGGGUUCCCAUGUUUGAAUUAAUGGACGAUCAACUUAUGGAUGCCAUGUGUGACCGUCUGAAACCAAUCCUUUACACUGAAAACAGCUGCAUUAUUCGUGAAGGGGACCCGGUGGAUGAGAUGCUCUUCAUCAUGAGAGGAAGACUGCUUAGUGUUACAACAAAUGGUGGCAGAACAGGGUUUUUCAAUUCGGAUUACCUGAAGGAAGGCGACUUCUGCGGCGAAGAGCUUCUGACAUGGGCUUUGGAUCCCAACUCAUCUUCGAGCCUCCCCAUCUCCACAAGGACGGUGAAGGCAUUGUCUGAGGUUGAGGCUUUUGCUCUAGCCGCCGAUGACUUGAAAUUUGUUGCCUCCCAGUUCAGGAAGCUGCACAGUAAGAAGCUGAGGCAUACCUUCAGAUUAUAUUCUCAGCAGUGGAGAACAUGGGCUGCUUGCUUUAUACAGGCAGCUUGGCGACGCUACUCAAGAAAGAAACUGGAGGAAUCUCUACACGAGGAGGAGAACAGGCUGCAGGCAGCCCUUGUGAAGGAUGGAACUACCACACCGAGCCUUGGUGCAACAAUCUAUGCAUCAAGGUUUGCGGUGAACGCAUUACGUGCCUUGAGGCGAAACGUAACUCGUAAGGCCAGGUUACAGGAGAGGAUGCCUGUAAUGUUGUUGCAGAAGCCACCAGAACCUGACUUUACUGUGGAAGAACAGUAGCACAUACAUAUGGUAGUGGCUCAUGCUUCCCUCUCGCUUGCUUGUGCAAUGAUUUGGAUGUCAAUCACUGGCUCACUCACAAGGCACUUUCUGGUUUGUAUGGAUUUCUCUAAAAUAAAACAUCAAAGGCCGCCAAACUAGACAUUCAGGUUGUUCUCUACGUGGAUUGCAAGUGUUGUCUUAAUCUACAGUAUGUUUAUGGUAGCGUACGAGUAGAGAUGGGCAGCGUGAUGUCCUGUGUGGCAGUGUACAUAAUCUAUUCAGUAAUAUUGGACAGCGUUGUGUUUGAACUUUUUGACUUUUAACUUGUAAGACCUUGUAUCUUUGGUUCCGGAUUGCGCAGUGUGUACAUGAUCUAUUCAGUAAUAUUCUAAGACCUUGAUCUUGGAAUUAUAAA